AUGACCAUGUACAACGACAUACGAGUUAAUAAAGAGUUAAAAGAAUAUGAAAUGAGGAUAUACAGAAAGGAUGCUUUCAGACCAAUUAAUAUACCAUUUGAUUCAUGGGAUCCAUAUGGAUAUAGAAAGACCAUUAUUUUAAUUAUUUCAGGUGAUGUUCGUGUUAACGAGAAUGCUGGUCUUGUAGUAAUGCAUACGAUUUGGGUUCGAGAACAUAAUAGGAUAGCACGAACACUUGCUUCAUUAAAUCCACAUUGGGACGAUGAUCAAUUAUUCGAAGAAGCAAGAAGAAUAGUUGGAGCAGAAUUACAACAUAUAACUUAUCACGAAUUACUCCCAACAUUUCUUGGUCAAAACAUUAUGGAUAAAUACGAUCUUCAAACUCAUUCUAGUGGUUAUUAUACAGGAUACGAUAUUAAUAUUAAUCCUGGAAUAUCUAAUGUUAUCGGAGCAUCUGUAUUUGGUUUUUUAUUUUCUAUGAUGCCUUCAAAAUUUGAUUUGUAUACAAAAGAAUUUAAGAAAAUAGGAACGAAACCAAUGAGCCAAACAUACUUUCAACCAACUGAUAUGUAUUCACCUAACAAGUUAAAUGAAUACUUAUUAGGUUUGGUGAGUCAGAAAGCUCAAGCUGGUGAUGAAUUUAUCAGUAACGAAAUGACAAAUAACCUGUUUCUGGAUCCUAGUUCCGGAUUGGGUACAGAUCUAGCAGCUAUAAUUAUUCAACAGGGCAGAGAUCACGGUAUUCCUGGAUAUACAAAAUGGAGAAAAUUUUGUCGACUCGAUCCUGUUAUUAAUCACUUUUCCGACUUGAAAUCAAUGAUGACAUUAGAAACUGUGGAUAAAUUAAGCAGAAUUUAUAAAAAUGUACACGACAUCGAUAUAUUUACUGGAGGAUUAGCAGAAAUUCCUUUAAAUGGAGCAGUAGUUGGUCCAACUUUUGCUUGUCUUUUAGGUCGUCAGUUUCAUUAUUUAAGACGUGGAGAUAGAUUUUGGUAUGAAAAUGACAUACCGCCAUCUUCUUUCAAUAGAGAUCAACUAACGGAAAUUCGCAAAGUUACUUUAUCUCGAAUUCUGUGCGAUAAUGNUUAUAAAAAAAUAAAUUGA